UUUUAGCGACAACAACAAGUCUGGUGCUACCUAUUACCAUUGAUUACAGAAUCUAUUCUAUAAUCAAUGCUAUUACCUAAAAUAUUGUUAUUGUAAAAAAUUCAAUAGUACUAUCAUUGUACUAAUAUAAUCAAAUCAAAUGUAAACAACACCAAUAACACGGCGGAACCCGUCGGACAACGCUGCAACAACAACAACAUCAGUCAACAGUCAGUGCCCAGUGUGGAUGAUCGCCAAUCGUUCCCGGUUACCCGUAUCUCUACCGCCGGCGCAUUCUACUUGUUUUAGUCGUCAGCGUCGCUUGGUACGCCGCGCAGUCGCCUUCCGCCACAGUCGUCCCGGCGGCCGAUUCCAGGCCGUCAAUCAAUAAUCCGCUCAGUACGACACGUACGCCGCUCGCAAAAAGUCGGUACGCACGAGAUUGUUCAGCCGAACACACAUUCUCACCCACACUCGCAUCGUUUUGCGUGCGGUUACGGCUGUCGUCGUCUUCGCCAUGGGUUCGUAUCUGAACAAACCGAAAACCGACAAGGAUUCYGAGGACUUGGAGAACGACCUGCUCAUGUGUGGCGCCAGUUCAAUGCAGGGCUGGCGCGAGAAACAAGAGGACGCCCACGUCUGUUUGAUGGACUUUGGUGAUGAUAUGUCACUUUUUGGUGUUUUUGACGGACAUGGCGGUGCCGAAGUGGCGCAGUAUGCUGUUGAGAUGUUGCCUUCGCUGAUCAAAAACGAACUGUUUGAACAAGGUGCAUAUGAAAAAGCACUGAUCAAGGCUUUCAUGGAUUUUGACAGCAGUCUAAUUGAACCGCCAGUAUUGAGGAAGCUGAGGACACUUCGAUUGAAAAACGGCAAAACUGAAGAAAAUGAUAAUGGCGAUGUAGAUGAAAAAAAACUUGUUGAAACGGAAUUGGCUGGAAAAGACAGUGGUUGUACAGCAAUUGUAGCAUUAUUAGUAAAAAAUAAGCUUUAUGUGGCUAAUGCUGGGGAUUCUAGAUGUGUGGUGUCUAUUGGUGGCAAAGCCCAUGCCAUGUCAAAAGAUCAUAAGCCUAAAGAUAAAUCCGAGUUGAAGAGAAUCCUUGCAGCUGGUGGGAGAGUAUCAAGUGAUGGACGAAUCAACCAUGGUCUUAAUAUGUCUCGAGCUUUAGGUGAUCAUAUGUACAAGACAAAUAGUUUAUUUCCAAAUACCCAGCAAAUGAUUACUGCUCUGCCUGAUGUGCAAGCCAUUGACUUGAAACCAGAAAAUGGGGAUUUUAUAGUUUUAGCGUGUGAUGGUAUUUGGAACUCAUUGUGCAAUCAGAAAGCAGUUGAUUUCAUAUCAAAUCGUAUUCACUGUCCCGACAUCAAAUUAUCAUUAAUUUGUGAAGAAUUAUUUGAAGUAUGUUUGGCUCCUGAUACACCAAAUGCUGGAGUUGGCUGUGAUAACAUGACUUGUAUCAUUGUUAAGUUCAAACAUCACCAGAAACGUUCACUUACUGAUGAUGUAAAAGAAGAAUCUGAUCUCGUUACUGAUUGUAAAAAACCUAAAUUGGAUGUGUCAGAACCUGAAUCUGUGGAUUAAUGUUGCAUUUUACCUUCAACUUAUAUGGUGUCUCACACAUGUGACAAAUUAUUUUGUUUUUUUUCAUGAUUUAAACUAUCCCAAUACAUAUUUCUUGUUUAUUAGAAAUAGUUUUAUUUUAUUUUAAGUAAUUAAUGUUUUAAUUGCUUAUUUUUAAUUUAUGUACCAUAUUAAAUUAUAUUUAGAAGAUGCUAUGCCCAUAUGACCUGUUGUUUCUGUUACUUUAAAUAUUAAACAUUUACCACAAAAUAUGGUAUGUUGUUGUAUAUAUGUUGGAUGGAGUCAACUCACGACUAAGAAGAUGCUUCUCAUCAAUUAGCUAUUUCUUGUUUUUUUUUUUCAUAAUAAUUAUGUAUUUAUAUAAUAUUAUGUAUACAUCAUGAUUUUUAAGCAUACUCAUCCUAUUUUUAUGUUUAAUUAUAUUUAAAUACACUUAUUUUUAAAUCUUCAAGAUGUUUUAUAUCACUUAAGGAUGAUCCUGUGAAAAUGCAAACUUUUGUUUUUCAAAUAGGAACCACUUUUUAAUUAUUAUGCAAAUUUUUUGUGUUGAGAAUUUUUAUGUAUU